CUGAAAUGUCGAAAGGAGAACCAUUUCCUGCCUGCAGCGAGCCUUAACUACGCUUGGUUUCGAAGCAAAGUAGCUAUCGACGUAAAGAAAGCAACGCCGCGUCCCGGCCUCGUAGUAGCGCUUAGUUGUUGAGUGACUUCUAUUUAGCUGGAGCAAAAGAUGCAUCGACGAUCACAUGACAGCCUUGAGUUUUUAGUAUCCCAGAAAAGCCACUCUUGACAUUUUCACCCACCUGUGUUGUUACAAGUUUCUUUUGCACGGUUCUUUCUUAGUUUGCCAUUCUCGUUCUUGGAGUAUUUUGUUGUGACAGCACGUUUUUUUAAUAAAUAAAUAAAAUGUAUACUUACCGAUCAAAUUAGCACCACGGUGGCUAACCAGCUAAGGAAAGCUUCAUCUUGUAAAACAUUUUCUUGACCUGCUCUGAUGAAAUAUGCUUCCUGGAUAUUAUCUCAUGCUACACUUUGCUUAUUAGUUAUUUUUAAGCCUGGCAAAGUGGAUAUAUUUCCUAGGGAAGCUGCUGUCAUUAUGUUGUUAUUUAUUCAUCCCAUUCAUUCAUUCAUUCAUUCAUUCAUUCAUUUUCCCAAUAUCAUUUUUCAGGUUGAUAUAGUUGUCAGUCUAUAUAUAAAGCUGGCCCAAGUUUUGUAUGGAAGUAAAACCUGAUUUGUGGCUCUGCUUAUUGUGCGUUCAGUGUUGUGGAUUUUACAGAGCAUGCUCAGAUUACGUUGACUUUUUUAAAAUUAAUAAAUAAUAAUAUGUGACGCAUGACAUAGUAAGUAGGAAUCAAUGAAAAUAUGUACAUCAAUAAAAAUACGUACAUGUUUUUGUUUAUGACUUGAUUUUAAAAGAAGAAACUUCAACUUUUUCUAAAUACAUCAAACGGCAGCAUGCACUUUAAUGGUCUUUUGAGUUUAACAACAUUCAGAUAAAGCUUAGAGAUAAUUAUGUAAUUUCUUAAUUUGCUGAUGUAUUCAAAACUACCACCUCUUGCAGGAUUUAUGUGUCACAUAACAAUUAUGCAUGUAAAAGAAUUAAAAGUCUAUUAAUACAUCUUCAAAGCAAUUUGUAAAAGUUGUAAAAUGUAACUACAAAUUGGACCUUUACAUUGUCCAUUUUGGGCUUCAGUUCCCUAAUUAGCAGCUGAAAUCUCUUAUGGAUUGGGCCGGCUCUGGGUUUAGGAUAUCAGUUGACAUGUCUCUGUAUUAUUAUUUGUCCUAAAUUACAGUAAAGAGGUCAGAUUUGCUUUGGCACCUGAUUUUGCACUGGCUGACACUCAGGUUCUUGUGUUAUUGUUCUCAGCUUAGCAUGAUCACUAACCAUUAACAAAUGUCUUGACCACUUUGCCAUUUUUUUUGUUGUAAUUUUCUUUACUUGUUUUUGAAUGAUUCAUUAAUUAAUCAACUUAAUCCAUUCACUUUUUAAUUUGUCCCAAAUUCUUUCUGUUUGUAUUUGUAUUUUUUUUCUUACCCCAACCUCUGAACACAUCCUGUGUCAUGUACACAUGCACCUCUUCCUCCUCCUCCUCCUCCUCUAUAUCUGUCUGUCUCCAACCAACCAGGCUGGUCACCGGUUGGUUUUGGUGUUAGGUGACCUGCACAUUCCCCACCGGUGCAACACGUUGCCAGCCAAGUUCAAGAAGCUGCUGGUCCCGGGGAAGAUCCAGCACAUUCUCUGCACAGGCAACCUUUGCACCAAGGAGAGCUACGACUACCUGAAAACUCUCGCUGGCGAUGUCCACAUUGUGCGGGGAGACUUUGACGAGAACCUGAACUACCCCGAGCAGAAGGUGGUGACAGUGGGCCAGUUCAAGAUCGGCCUCAUCCACGGCCACCAGGUCAUCCCUUGGGGCGACAUGGCCAGCCUGGCGCUGCUCCAGAGACAGCUGGAUGUCGACAUCCUCAUCUCAGGACACACACACAAGUUCGAGGCUUUCGAGAACGAAAACAAGUUUUACAUCAACCCCGGCUCUGCUACCGGGGCCUACAACGCACUGGAAAGAAACAUUAUCCCCUCCUUUGUACUAAUGGACAUCCAAGCGUCUACAGUGGUGACUUAUGUUUAUCAGCUGAUCGGAGACGACGUUAAGGUGGAGAGAAUUGAGUAUAAGAAGUCCUAAAGGACGUUUGGGAGAGGAGGAACGGCAGAAGAGUUAGGUUAAUGAGGCUCAGCGUCAUGUUUCAUUCCUGUCCACCAGGGGGCAGCAGCUCCCUCAGUUCACCACAGUGUUAAUGCUGUAGCAAAACUGUUCAUAAACUUAACUCUAAAAUGCUUGUGUAUUAUAUUUUUUAUAAGUCAUCUGCAUUAACUUGUAAGUGAGCUGUCAUUAGAGGAUACAAUAAUGUUGCAUGUUUUGCUAUGAAAAAUGAAUUUGGUGACUUUUUUUGGUGAUUUUUAUUUUCACCCUUAUUAAAUCCUGUCCAUGUGCUCAACACACCUUUAGCUUUCUGUGAUCUGCCUUAUUCAUUCACUUCCACAAUAAAUAUGAGAUUUCCCUCCA